UUGGUGUCUCAGCCUCGCGGGACAAUGAGAGCUCAGAUCCAGAAAGCCCCACAGAUCCUGGAGCUGCUGAAGCCCAAGAAGAAGCUGAAGCUGCUGGGGAUGGGAAUGGGGGUGCAGCAGCGCAAAGCGACCGUUUCGGUUUGCGCCCUAGAGCCUAAGGAUGCUGCGCGGGUGGGCGCCGCGGGCUCCGUGCCACAAGGGCUCUCCAGCAUCCCCGGACCCACGAACUGGCCCCUGGUGGGCAGCCUGGUGGACCUGCUCCGCAAAGGGGGGCUCAAACGGCAGCACGAAGCGCUGAUCGACUACCACAAGAAGUUCGGCAAGAUCUUCAGGAUGAAGCUGGGCUCCUUCGAGUCGGUGCACAUCGGAGCGCCCUGCCUGCUGGAGGCGCUCUACAGGGGCGAGAGCAGCUACCCGCAGCGCCUCGAGAUCAAGCCCUGGAAAGCCUACCGGGACCUGAGGGACGAGGCGUACGGGCUCCUCAUCCUGGAGGGGAAGGACUGGCAGAGGGUGCGGAGCGCCUUCCAGCACAAGCUCAUGAAACCCACGGAGGUGGUGAAGCUGGACGGCAAAAUAAACCAGGUUUUGGCUGAUUUUGUUGAUAGGAUUGGAAGAAUAAACGUCAAAGGUCACAUUGAGGACUUGUAUUUUGAGCUGAACAAAUGGUCUUUUGAAACCAUUUGCCUUGUGCUCUAUGACAAGAGAUUUGGGCUCCUUAGUCAGGAGGUAAACGAAGAAGCCAUUAACUUUAUUACAGCAAUUAAAACGAUGAUGAACACAUUUGGCACAAUGAUGGUGACCCCAGUGGAGCUCCACAGAAGCCUGAACACGAAGACGUGGCAGGAACACACGGCCGCAUGGGACCACAUCUUCAGCACGGCGAAGUCGUACAUCGACAGGCGUCUGAAGCGGCACGCGAGCAAACCCACAGACGACUUCCUGUGUGACAUCUACCGUCGCAGCCGCCUGACCCGGAAAGAGCUGUACGCGGCCACGACGGAGCUGCAGAUCGGAGGGGUGGAGACGACGGCCAAUAGUUUACUGUGGGCCCUCUUCAACCUGUCCCGCAACCCACGGUGCCAGAGCGAGCUGCUGCGGGAGGUCAGAGCCGUGGUGCCGGGAGACGAGGCGCCGAACGCCCAGCACCUCAAAAGCAUGUCAUACCUCAAGGCGUGCCUCAAGGAGUCCAUGCGGUUGACUCCCUCUAUUCCGUUCACGAGCAGGACUUUGGAUAAAGACACCGUUCUCGGAGAUUAUGUCCUCCCCAAAGGAACGGUGUUGAUGAUAAACAGUCACGCCUUGGGCUCCAGCGAAGAAUACUUUGAUGACGGGAAACGGUUCAAGCCAGAGAGGUGGUUGCAGGAGAAGAGCAGCAUAAACCCAUUUGCGCACGUGCCCUUCGGCAUCGGAAAGAGGAUGUGCAUCGGACGGCGCCUUGCCGAGCUGCAGCUGCAACUGGCUCUGGCUUGGCUGAUCAGGGACUACGAGAUUGUGGCGACGGAUCAGGAUCCAGUGGAGGCCAUUCAUGCGGGGACCCUCAUUCCGAGCCGUGAACUGCCGGUGGCUUUUAUCAGACGAUGAGGUGGAAUAGUGGAAUCUACAUCUUCUGUAUGACACUGCAGGUGGUGUGUGUGAUGGACAGUGACCUCCAAGAAGAAUACCUUAGAACGCAAAGGAUCAUCCCAGAUCAAGGGAUUAGAUUAUAAAGACUCUGUAAUUGAUUUUUACUGCUUUCUUCUAUUAAAUUUCACUUAUUUUGUAUAUAUUGUCUCACUGUGCUGCUGUAUUUUACUAUGUAUUUAAAUAAUUAUAUAAAGUGUUCGGUUAUGUACAUAGACCUGGUGCAUAUAUUGCUUUAGAAAAAAUAUUGUAUUACUUUGUAUGAAAUAAAUGUUUUUAUCCUGUUAAUAUUACUUGCAAAAGAGAAUUACCUGUUCUGUAGCACAAAAAAAAAUGAAAUCCACACCUUAGUCGAUUAAAUUAGACAGUCCUAAUAAAGUCUCAGGGAAAGCUGUUAUACACCGAAGGACGCAACCAUAUAGAACAACCAAAUUUAAUAAACAUUAAGCAGUAGUCAUGCUUUUUAUGCAAUAAUCUCACUGGAAACAAAUGUACGGUAUGCUGUAGGAAAAACAUUCAUA